GGGAGGCAGCGGGGCCGGAGCGGCCGGAGCUCGCCAUGCCCGUCAAGAGGCAAGACACGCAGCGCGCCCUGCGGCUCCUGGAGGACUACCGCGCCAAGCUGAGCCCUCGGGAGGACCGGCAGCUGCGCAGCUCGGUGGAGCGGGUGAUCGGCAUCUUCCGGAGCAGCCUCUUCCAGGCCCUGCUCGACAUCCAGGAGUUCUACGAGGUGACUCUACUUGAGAACCCCCGAAGUGCCGAUCGGCCGAAGCCGACUCAACCCGUCCAGCCCGGGGACACCUGGGACUUCCACAGUCCGCCAAGCGCCGGUCUGACUUCGGAGACCUUGCCCAGCAGCCAGACUGCCGACACCCAGAAAUUUGGCUCCCAAGAUGAAGACUCUUUUCCCUCGGAGCCCGGCGGCUUUCCUCAGGCUCCAGGCACAGGGAUGCCGGCUCCAGAGCUGGUGCAGGUGUCCGAGAAGAACCUCUCGCAGCUGGAAAGCGUCCGGGGCUUCGUUGGCCACUCGCACAUUUCGCCAGCCAAGGUAAAUCCCCCUCCAGUCGUGGUAAACACAGAAACGCCGGAGGCUCCAUCUUACGUGAACGGCACCGACGCGGAGUAUGAAUAUGAAGAAAUCACGCUGGAAAGGGGCAAUUCUGGGCUGGGCUUUAGCAUCGCAGGAGGCACAGACAACCCUCACGUGGAGGACGACUCCGGUGUGUUCAUUACGAAGAUCAUCCCAGGAGGGGCGGCUGCCCAAGACGGGAGGCUGCGGGUGAACGACUGCAUUUUGUGUGUGAACGAGGUGGACGUCCGCGAUGUGACCCAUGGCAAAGCUGUGGAAGCCUUGAAGGAGGCGGGCUCCAUGGUCCGUCUGUCCGUCAAGAGGAGGAGGCAGACCACGGAGAGGGUGGUGGACAUAAAGCUGGUGAAGGGGCCCAAAGCAGGUCUCGGGUUCAGCAUCGCUGGGGGGGUCGGCAACCAGCACAUCCCCGGAGACAACAGCAUCUACGUCACCAAAAUUAUCGAAGGCGGAGCUGCACAUAAGGACGGACGGCUCCAGAUCGGAGACAAGCUGAUGGCUGUGAACAACGUUUGCUUAGAGGAAGUGACCCAUGAAGAAGCAGUGGCUGCUUUAAAGAACACGUCUGACUUUGUCUAUCUGAAACUGGCAAAGCCCAGCACCAUGUUCAUCAAUGAUGCUUAUGUCCCUCCUGAGAUCACUGGACCUUACUCUCAGCCUGCAGAGAAUCACGUCAGCCCGUCAAGUUACCUGGGCCAGCCUUUGCCACCACCAGCCUCCCCAGGGAGAUACUCACCUGUUCCUAAGGCAACGCUGGGAGAAGACAAGAUCACCAGGGAGCCACGGAAGCUGGUGCUGCAUCGGGGCUCCACAGGACUUGGCUUCAACAUCGUGGGGGGAGAGGACGGGGAGGGGAUUUUUGUCUCCUUCAUCCUUGCCGGGGGGCCUGCAGACCUCAGUGGGGAGCUCAGGAAAGGAGACCGCAUCAUUUCGGUAAAUGGCGUGGACCUCAAAGCAGCAACCCACGAAGAGGCAGCCGCUGCCUUGAAAAAUGCCGGUCAGUCCGUCACUAUCGUAGCCCAGUAUCGUCCCGAAGAGCACGUGACUUCCAACGCCAGCGACAGUGAAAGUAGUUACCGUGGCCAGGAAGAGUGUGUCUUGUCUUAUGAACCGGUCACCCAGCAAGAAGUCAGCUACACGCGUCCCGUGAUUGUCCUGGGUCCCAUGAAAGACCGCAUCAACGACGACCUCAUCUCGGAAUUCCCUGACAAGUUCGGCUCUUGCGUCCCACAUACGACCCGACCGAAACGAGAUUACGAGGUGGAUGGGCGAGAUUAUCACUUUGUGAUGUCGCGAGAACAAAUGGAGAAAGACAUCCAGGAUCACCGGUUCAUUGAAGCUGGCCAGUACAACAACCACCUCUAUGGGACAAGCGUCCGGUCCGUGAGGGAGGUUGCCGAGAAGGCAGCCUCUCCUUCCCUCCAGGGCAAGCACUGCAUCCUUGAUGUUUCUGGGAACGCCAUCAAGAGGCUGCAGAGCGCCCAGCUGCACCCGGUCUCCAUCUUCAUCAAGCCCAAGUCCGUGGAGAACAUCAUGGAAAUGAAUAAGCGAUUAACGGACGAGCAAGCUCGAAAAACCUUUGAACGAGCCAUGAAGCUGGAGCAAGAAUUUACAGAACAUUUUACAGCCAUUGUGCAAGGCGACACAUUGGAAGAGAUUUACAAUCACGUCAAGCAAGUCAUUGAGGAGCACUCCAGCCCCGUCAUUUGGGUGCCGGCCAAGGAGAAGCUCUGAGGCUCCCCUGACUCCAGGGGGUCGGCCUCUGCCUGCCAGCCUGCCUGCCUGCCAGCCGGCGCUCCCUCCUUGGGGCUCCCCUGGGACUUACAAAAAGAGCCCCUCUAUGGUUUCCACGUUUCGCCAGCUGCUGGCCGAGGGCUCUUUGCUCCAGAAUCAGGGGCCUCUUUCCACUCCUGUGGAUAGAGAUGGAGAAUAAUGCGGUUAAAAUUCCUUAAUGUUUAAGGGAAAGUAUCCUUCAGAGACUUUGAGAAAACAAAGCUUUUUAUGCAGCCUUUUAACAAUUUUUUAAUAAGAUGAAAGAAAAGUGGUCUUAAUGUAAAUUGUGAGCAGUUUUGCACGUUUGAAUUUGCUAGCAUGAUUUCCUUCAAGAGAUUUGGGUUCAAAUUAUAGUUUCACAGUUUCUGCCAUAAAUAUUUUUUUCUCAGUUUAAUUUAAAAAAAUCAAAAUCGAAGCUAAUGUAUUCUUAAAUGGCAUUAUUUGAAAAGGAAAAACUAAUUUUCAUAAUUUCAUAAGAAAAACUUUAUAGCCUCAUUAUUAUUAUUUUUGUUGUUGCUCUUACAGGGUGAAAUAUCCUCUUGCUUUUAAACUAGAUCCUACAAAACUACUUGGAAUGUCUUACAGGUCUUAAUGGAUAACUUGCAUUUUCGAAUUUUAGGUGCUCAAAAAGCUUGAACUUCACUUAAGAAUUAUGGAUUUUGCUUUGAAAAUAUUUUAAAUGCAAUUAUAAUUAUUAUAAGUUCUCAGUAUCUAAAAAUAUAAAUACAUUCUUAGCCAGAUUUUAAUGAAUAUUUUACUCAUAACAAUUGCUUAUUUUGUUAUAAUGAAACUAUAUAUAUAUAUAUAUAUUCACAUAUACAUAUGUAUUAAACUUUCCUUAAUUAAAAUAUAA